CUACUUCGCUUCCGCCCCCGUCGUCGAGAUCAUAACAGAGACGGGGGGCUGGCGGGCGGAGACGGGGGGCUGGCGGGGGGAGACGGGGGGCUGGCGGGCGGAGACGGGGGGCUGGCGGGCGGAGACGGGGGUUGGGAUGGUGGAGACGGGGGUUGGGAUGGUGGGCGGGCGGGGCGGGAGGUGGAGGGUGAGGUGCGUGGUGGCUGGGGCGGGGAGGGUGGUUGUGGGGACGACGGGUUUGCCCGGAAGGGCAGCGAUGGCAUCCAGGUAUGCCUGCGCGCGCCCACACUUAUUGCAGGCCGCCCUGGCUGUCUUGACGUUGUUCACAAUGCCCGUUCGCCACGCGGCGGACGUCCGAGCCCCGCAAACAACGCAUACUCCUCCAGGAGCAAGGCAGGAGUAGUUUCGGUCGUCCCUACCCCUCCCUGCUCCAGCACCAGAUUGAGUUCGGCGUGGGGGCGCUUUGGGCAUGGUUGUUGUCGUUGUUGUCGUUGUUGUUGUGUUGUCGUUGUUGUUGUUGCUGUGUCAGGG